UUGCUUUGAUCAGAUGGAAAUUGCAGCCUGGGAAUUCAAAGUUUGAAGCAAUGGCUCACAAUUUUCCUGACGAAAUCAUACAUGAUAUCCUGUUUAGAUUACCUCCUAAAUCAUUGAUCAUAUGCACCUCGGUGUGCAAGCCAUGGAACUCCAUGAUAAAAAAUCCGAGCUUUAUACGCACCCACCUCAACCGUACAAUCGAUCUUAACAACCAGUUUGGCACCCACCUCCUCCUUGUGUGCUGUACUCGUAUAGAUAAACAGUCUGGAUUCUGCCAUGGUGACCUUGAGUUAUUGGAGCAUUGCAAUUUGCAUUAUGAUAACCUUGCUUUUGAUGAGUACUGCAAACUAGAAUUUCCAAUUGUUCCCAAGGAAGAAGCGGGCAAUAAAGUUUUAAAGGUGGUCGGCGUUUGUAAUGGGCUGGUGCUUCUUACGGAUUGUAUAUAUUUUUCAGGUAACACCGUCAUGUUAUGCAACCCGUCUACGAGAAAGUCAGUGACCCUUCCCAAGCCUCAUUAUACCUUCAAAGGAGUUCGCGGUUAUUAUGAUUGUAUUGGUUUUGGUUUUGACCCUGUGACUACUGACUAUAAGGUUGUGAGAAUUACCUUUGAACAAUGGCCCAAUCCGAGUGCUUUUUAUGAGGUUUAUUCACUGGCUGGAGGCUCAUGGAGUGAUCCUUGUUCUUUGGAUCACGUAAACGGACUUAAAAGAACUUGCAUGCCCGUUUUUGUUAAUGGUGCUAUUCACUGGAAGGCAUACCACCGUUCGACAAAUAGUGAUUCUAAAUAUUUCAUUUUGGCAUUUGACGUGGGCAGUGACACAUUUCGCAGGAUAAUGACUCCAGAGAAUUUUAGAAGCUCAAGCGGCGAGGACUUUUAUAUUUCAGGUUACGGGAAAUCUAUUGCUCUGUCCAAGCUUUAUUAUACUAAUAUUGGAGAGCAUUGUGUUGAUAUAUGGUUGAUGAAAGAGUGUGGCAUGGAAGAGUCAUGGACCAAAUUGACAACUCUACGUCCAAAAGGUCCGCAAACAGGACUUUGCUACAGGCCAUUAUGUAUUAGGAAGAGUGGUGAUCUAGUGUUGGUACCGACUGAUGGUUAUACUGGUAGGCAUGAAUUAAUUUGUCUAGACCUUGUGAGCAUGCAAUCUAAAAAUCUUGGAAUUCAUGGAUAUAGAUAUUACUAUGCCGAAUCUUAUGUUGAGAGCCUCAUCUUACUUGACAAGACCGAUGCAGUUUCUUACUGA